UCUGUGCUGGUUAUCGCGGCUCUGGAAGUGGUCAGCGUGGUGCUUUUUUGUUUUUCGUGAAUUAUUGUAUGUCUAAUAGGGGCUUUCAUUUAUAAAGUUGUUGUUUUAAUCGUGAAUUCCAUUCAUCGAAGGCGUUUGGUGUACAUUUUAAGUCACUGUUCUGUAAAAAAAAAAACGACUAUGCAAAAGCCUGAGUCAACAUGUACGACAUGGCUAAGCUGGAGCACUUCCCCCAUGAAAUGCACGGCUACAUUGUUACUAAGCGAAUGAUGGCAGUGUUCGAAUACGUGAAAACCAUCAACUGAGUGAAGUUUGCUUACAAUUCCAUGGAUGCUUGUCACUUAGUGGCUCGUGGGCUUUUGGACCCAUUGCAUGUUUUGCAUAAUGACACGUUCAGCGGACGGACUGGAGCAAUUCGCGUUUGAGAGCUAGCAAGCUAACAAGCUACUUUUAUUCAUAGUAACUGGUAGGAAAUGGAGACCAUGCACAUCAAACGGUUUGCCGCAAUUUUCUGGACGGAAAAUCCCUAGUUUAAGUAAUGGAAGGUCAUCAUCAUCGCAUGAAAAAGCCUGACUGACAGAUUCAUCUUCAUCUUUCAGAUACAGCAUUUCCAUAGUCUGUACCUAAGCUUGGGAGCGCCAUGAAAGGUGGAGGAAGAGGUAAGGAGCCGCCGGUGGAGGUGAGCUGCAAGCGGCCCAAGCGCAAGUGUCUACAAUGGCACCCGCUACUCUCCAAGAAGGCCCUGGACUUUUCAGAGGAGGAAGAGGAGGACGAAGAAGAACUAGAGAAGGAGCCAUUGUUGGUCAGGGAGACCCGGGGGCCGAAGGUGCCAUGCGGGGGGCCCAUGGAGGGGGAAGAGGACUCUUCAGAGCAGCGGGCCCGCCGGCCCAUGAAUGCCUUCCUGCUUUUCUGCAAGCGCCACCGAUCGCUGGUGAGGCAGGAACACCCUCGACUGGACAACCGUGGUGCCACCAAGAUCUUGGCUGACUGGUGGGCCGUGCUGGAGCCCAAAGAGAAACAGAAGUACACCGACAUGGCCAAGGAGUACAAAGAUGCCUUCAUGAAGGCUAACCCGGGCUACAAGUGGUGCCCUGCCACCAACAAGCCAGUCAAGAGCCCCUGCCACACUGUCAGCAACACCCGCAAUAAAGUGUGGUCCUUCCCUUCCAACUCCCCUAAGGGUUGUGCCACUGCCAAGAAAGUGCCCAAGACUGACAGCACACCACAGCUUAACUUCGCCAUGGCAGAUCCCACGAAGAUGGGUGGCCUAAGCAUGCUACUGUUGGCUGGGGAGCAUGCCCUUACUGCCAGAGAGAUUUCCUCCAGCUCAUCACAAUCUGGAGCCACAGAUGUCACUAAGUACCCUGAUAAAUCCUCCCUAUUCCAACUUGCUGAGAUCUCUUCCAGCACGCGUCAGCCCAGUUUAAUGGACACCGCUGGCAAAGGGAAGCCCUUGAGUUGGGGGGACCAGGUUGAAAUGUGGUCUGGAACCUCACAGCUGGGAAAGCCUGACGUACCCACUGCCAAUGUCAAGUCCCCUCUUUUUCAACUGGGAGAGCAGAUCUCCUCUGAUUCGAGCCAGUCGACUGCACCAGAGGGAAAGCAGUGUGGCCAGUCCGCUCUCUUCCAGCUUGCUGAGAUGUGCUUGGCCUCCGAGGCAGGGAAGAUGGAGACACAGGACGAUACCUGCACCCCACACAUCAAAACUGAGACGGUGGUCGAGGAGGCUGGGGACAACACCCCUGAUCUUCCUCUCUCCUUUCCCCCGUCUUCCUCCUCCAUGCCGACCGAUGCUAGUCUCCUGCUGCUCAGCGGCCAAGCGGCCAUAAUCAAAAAGAAAAAAGACGCCAGCACCAGAGAGCCGGCCAAAGUGGUGGACAAAGACAAGAGCCCUGGUCCCGGCUCGCCCAAAAAGACCCUCAAGAAGCGACCGUCAUCCGAGUCGGAGUUGGAGAGCCUCUUCUACACUAUCGAAGCCGUGGCUAAAGGGGCCUGGGGCGACGCCGAGGAGGAUAUACCCAAGAAGAAGGCUCGCACCGCCGCCGUUACCAUUCUGGUAGAGUCCAGCUCACCCAAAAAGAGGGCCAAGCCCAAAGCCAAGAGGCCCCUGAAGGCUAAGGAAGAUGAGAGAAAUGUGAAGGACAAAGAGGACGACGGAUGCAUAGAGCUUCCAUUGACAGUGGAGACGGUGGUGAAUCCAGCAAGCCCCAAGACAGAGGCUAAGGAGGCCAAUAUUAGCAGCAGCACGGAGGAGCCCACCUCCCCUCCCAGCCCCCCGCGCAUCAAGCACAAAGUCGGGGAGAGGGAACUGGAGGCCAACGCAGAGGGGUGUGGCUCCAGAAAGUCUGAGAGAAGCUGCAAGGGGGCGCUGUACAAGACCCUGGUUUCGGAAGGGAUGCUGACCUCACUGAGGGCCAACGUGGACAGAGGCAAAAGAGGUUCUUUUCGAAGUGCAUCUGAUGAAGGAGGCUGGACUGACGAGACCUGGGCUUUCUCACAGAUGGGACCCAGUAAUUUCAAGAAGCUUAAGAAGUCCAAAUCUAAAGACGAGACCGCGCCAGGUUUAGGGAAACUAGAGGAGGAGUUUGAGAAGAAGUUCAACAGCCUGCCGCAGUACAGCCCUCUGACAUUCGACAAAAAGAGCACUGUCGUCACCAAGAAGAAAACUGACAUUAACACCGCCCUGGAGGAACAACCUCCAAAACCUGCCAAGGGUCCAUCUCCAUCUCAGAAAAAUACUUUAUUCCACAAGAUUGUUAGCAAAUACAAGGAGAAAAAGGAGAAGCCCAAUACUUUGGACAAAGACAUAGCGAUGCGUAGUGACUCCCCCAUGUUAGACUCGGCUGCCAAGGCCACAAAGGCAAAGCCGAGCCCAGCCCCCUGUACCACCGCCACGCUGAACCCAGAAGCCAUGGGAACUAGCCCUAGCGUGCCAGUGGGCAGCCAGAAAAGGAAGGCCAGGAAGAGCAAGAUCACACACCUGGUGCGCUCGGCCGAUGGCAGGGUGUCCCCAGCCGAAGAGGACAAAGCCAGGGACCUGACCCCGGAGCAGGAUGACAAGCCAUUAUCCCAAGAUACUUUAUGCAAUGAAACAGGGUGUUACAGCGCAUCCAAGCAAGAGGAGGCAGACAGGAGCAGUGCACCUGAAGACCUGCCUGCCUUCUUUAGCCUGGCUGCCCUUGCAGAGGUGGCAGCCAUGGAGAACAUUCACAGAGGCCAGCAUGUGAUUGGUGACAGCCAGAAGAAGGACAUGGCCAAGACCCCUGUGCUCAUCUCCUGCGCUGACCAAUGAAGUGGAUCAGCCGCCCUCCUGCCUCCAGCAAAACGAAAUGGACGCUUGCGUGUUGUGUGCGUUUUAACUUUUAACCUCCGACUCCUCAUCCUGUUCUGGAAGGAAGGAGAUGGAACGUGACUUGUGGAUGGAUCCCUCCUCUGUGGUGAAUUAGCUAGAGCUCUGGUCUGAGGGGGAAAGAGUGGGUGAACUCAACUUCUCAGUGUUCUCCUGAACCCUUCCCUUGGCAGUAGGAGAUCACAUCGCCCCUCUUCCCAGACACUCCUGCCUAGAGGACCCUGUGGAAGAGGAAGACCAGUCCCUGAGAGCAUGGCUUCCUUCUCCGUUAGAGGUAGUUGUGUUAACGUGUAACCUUUGUCUGAUAUUACGCCAUUUUAAAGGUCAAGUUUUGCUAACAAAAAUUGCAUUUAAAAAAAGAAAGGAAACCUACGAUAACAUUUUCCCAUUUCAACCACAGUUUCGCAAAGACUCCACCUAGCAUACCUCGACGUAGGAUGAGUCAGAUAUUGUGGUUUCCCGCACGCCUUCAUGCUUGAACUUAAACUAACACAGCCUGAGUAGAUAGUCCUCGUGACUGAAAGGGUUCCAAGAUACACAGACCUUACUUGUGUACCUUAAUUUUAAUUUGCCUAUUUAGUGUGGUCUAUAGAUACAACAGACCUCUUAACCUUCCAGGCCAUUAGCUUUUAAGCCAUUUAGCAUACACUCUUAUCCAGAGCAACUUACAGGAGCAAUUGGGAUUAAGUGCCUUGCUCAAGGGCCCAUCCAUUUUUCACCU